AUGGCAAACAUCGAGAACCUCCAGUUCCCGGCAUUAAAAAUAACUGGCGAAAAUUACGUUGGGUGGGUCACAAACGUGAAACCAUAUCUGGUGAUGAAAAAGAUAACCGAAACAAUUGUAAUCGGUAACAAAUCACCACCCGAACAUAUAGCCGAAGCGAUAAUCUUCCUGAAGAAGCAUUUAGAUGAAAGUCUAACGCACGACUAUGCAAACGUCGAGGACCCAGCUGAACUGUGGCUAACUUUAAAAGAAAGGUUUGUUAACCAGAGACAAAUCAACCUUCCUCACGCUCUAGAAGAGUGGAAAAAUCUGAGGUUCCAAGAUUUUCAAAAGGUUGAGGAUUACAAUUCCGCUGUCCUGAGGAUAGUUGCACUCCUGAAAAAAUGCGGGUACACGAGAUUUUCUGAAUUGAUGGUUGCGCUCAUGUUAGCUGAAAAGAACAAUGAGCUCUUAAUCAAAAACUACAAUUCCCGGCCUACGGGAGCCAAAGCAUUCCCUGAAGUGAAUGCUACGGCGAUAGAAAAUUCGGAAAGAAGAAACCAUGCCAAUCGAGUUUUGCAGGCUGAGAUUAACUUCCUUGGGAACCUUCUUCAUCCUAAUCUAGUAAAGCUGGUUGGUUACUGCAUAGAAGAUGAUCAAAGACUGCUUGUUUACGAGUUUAUGCCUAGAGGAAGUUUGGAGAAUCAUCUUUUUAGAAGGUCGUUGCCACUUCCUUGGUGUAUACGGAUGAAGAUUGCGGUAGGAGCUGCAAAAGGUCUCAGCUUCCUCCAUGAAGAAGCUUUGAAGCCUGUCAUCUACCGAGAUUUCAAAACCUCAAACAUUUUACUUGAUUCAGACUACAAUGCAAAACUAUCUGAUUUUGGACUUGCCAAAGAUGCUCCUGACGAAGGCAAAACACAUGUUUCUACUCGUGUUAUGGGUACUUAUGGUUACGCUGCUCCAGAGUAUGUUAUGACCGGUCACUUGACGUCAAAGAGCGAUGUGUAUAGUUUCGGUGUGGUUCUACUCGAGAUGCUGACUGGACGACGGUCCAUGGACAAGAACCGACCAAACGGUGAGCACAACUUAGUGGAAUGGGCGAGACCGCACCUGCUUGACAAAAGGAGGUUUUACAAGUUACUUGAUCCGAGGCUGGAAGGUCAUUUCUCGAUCAAAGGCGCACAAAAGGUGAUUCAGCUCGCUGCACAGUGUCUUAGCCGUGACCCCAAGGUUAGGCCAAAGAUGAGUGAUGUUGUCGAAGCCCUCAAACCGCUUCCUCAUCUUAAAGACAUGGCGAGCUCUUCUUACUACUUCCAGACAAUGCAAGCCGAGCGUUUGAAAAACGGGUCGGGUCGGUCUCAGGGGUUUGGAUCAAGAAAAGGACAACCACAACCCGUGUUUAGGGCACUGUCUAGUCCCCAUGGAUCUCAAGGAGGAAACGGGUUUGGAUCAAGAAAGGGGCAGCCCCAACCUGUGUUUAGGACAAUGUCAAGUCCUCGUGGUGCGUCGCCUUACCGACCUCAGAUUCCUUCUCCGAAGCCUAAAGGAGCAACUACAUAGCGUUCUCUUGCGUGUGGACAUAGGGCACAGCGAAGAAAGGCUUCAAUGCUCAAAGCUUUAUCGUUUGCUUAAGCGGCAAGAGAUAUAUUUUUAACCAAUGUUACUGUAAACUCUUUUUAUUUAAUCGAUUAAUGUAAAAACGUUGUAAGAA